ACUACACUUAGCAACAAACACUUUGAUAAAAUCAAUCUUAAACUUUGCCACAUUUUAUUAUAAAGUUGACAUUUGUGUUGUUUUAGAAGACUGUGUUCAAAGCGCCAAAAGUCGCUGCAAAUUGAAAUUCUAUUUAUUAAUUGUGGUUGAUUAUAAGUAUCCGAAUUGAAAACAAGCCACAGUAAUAUGGCGUCUGUUUUUUGUGUGACUUUUAUUUUGUUUGUGGUAUUUGGAUCUGAAGUAUCAACCGAAAGUUAUCCAUGCAAAGGGAAAUGGGAAUUAUUUUUUCAUGCCCCGAGUGGUAAUGGAGAGGAGGUUUUAAAAGCAUGGAAAACCAGACAUGAUAAUUGUGACAUCAUAUCUGGCAUCUGUCCGUGUUCAAUGAAAAAUGGAUGUCUUCCACUUAAUGCCAGAAUGGAAAAAUAUAAACGAAAUAUGAAAACGCUAAGAAGUCCCUACAUUGAUUACUGGAAUUGCCUGAAUAUUAAAAAGGUCAAGAUUGAGUUGAACACCCAGGGUAAAACAGUGGCUUUCAUCGAAUUUGACGGUCGAGGUUCAAACUAUUUAAAUUGGUUUCACAACAGCAGGAUUAUAAAAACAAGCUGGACCGACAUGCAGAAAAGUAGUUCUUAUAAUUUUUUCUCAAUUGAAAAAGAAACUAGACAUGGAAGACAUUUCUUCAUCAACAAGAAAUACAAUAGUUGUCCGGGUGACGAAGGGUGGUUAGUUGUAGCUGAUUCCAUUGGCUCCAAGCCGUGUAAGUGGGAGCAGCUAAAGACAUACCCUCAGUUUUUGUACGCCAAGCAAGGAAAAUCAACAAUAUGGAACGAUAAGUUUGGUAGAGCUGACGUUCUCAACAUUUACAUUAAGAGAUAGUCCAAUUGAUGUUUUGCAAAUUAAAAUGAAUAGAAAAAUAUGACAAACA